AUGCCUCGCUCCGCAGUGGUCGCUGGCGUUGCUCUGGCUGCUUUCGCAGCUGGAGCGGCCUUUGUUGUGGCACCAACCCGAGCUCCUACUGCGCCCCUUCCGCCACUUGCAUCUGGAGCAAGUGGAUCCACUGCUACGUCUGCUGGCUGGGGCUUGGCUACUGCAGGCCUUGCGCUGGGUGCGCAUGUGGGCCUUGCCGCAGCUUGGCGUUUCAGGGCAACUGCUGCCCGAGCGGAGGGAGGAGGCAAGGCCUACAAGGAGACGCCAGCGGAUGAGCGCCUCUUUGAGCAGGUGUACUUGCAAUACACCUCCGAGUACAUGAAGGGCCCAAUGUACUGGCAUCCCGACAAGAUGCAGGGAUUCGCACCAGACUAUCCUGGACGUCCCAUUGUGAAGAACGGCAAGUACACUAGCAACGUGAUCGGAAACCUGAAGGCCUUCAGCUCCAACGAGCUUGCGUUCCUGUCCAUGCUCUUCUUCGGUGUUGGUCUGUAUGGCAACCUUCAGUUCAACUACUACGACACCCAGUGGGCUAAGGUUGAUGCUGGUGGAUACUUCAACGUUUCCUACAUUGUGGAGUCCCUGCUGCUGCCAAUUUCCUUCUUCAUGCACAUCGCAUGCUACAUCCAGCGGUCAAGCAUCAAGAUUCGUACCGCAGCACUUUUUAGCAUUUUUAUCAAGCCGUGUGACAAGAUGCCUCGCUCCGCAGUGGUCGCUGGCGUUGCUCUGGCUGCUUUCGCAGCUGGAGCGGCCUUUGUUGUGGCACCAACCCGAGCUCCUACUGCGCCACUUGCAUCUGGAGCAAGUGGAUCCACUGCUACGUCUGCUGGCUGGGGCUUGGCUACUGCAGGCCUUGCGCUGGGUGCGCAUGUGGGCCUUGCCGCAGCUUGGCGUUUCAGGGCAACUGCUGCCCGAGCGGAGGGAGGAGGCAAGGCCUACAAGGAGACGCCAGCGGAUGAGCGCCUCUUUGAGCAGGUGUACUUGCAAUACACCUCCGAGUACAUGAAGGGCCCAAUGUACUGGCAUCCCGACAAGAUGCAGGGAUUCGCACCAGACUAUCCUGGACGUCCCAUUGUGAAGAACGGCAAGUACACUAGCAACGUGAUCGGAAACCUGAAGGCCUUCAGCUCCAACGAGCUUGCGUUCCUGUCCAUGCUCUUCUUCGGUGUUGGUCUGUAUGGCAACCUUCAGUUCAACUACUAUGACACACAGUGGGCCAAGGUUGAUGCUGGUGGAUACUUCAACGUUUCCUACAUUGUGGAGUCCCUGCUGCUGCCAAUUUCCUUCUUCAUGCACAUCGCAUGCUACAUCCAGAAGCAGAACGGAAAGUGA